AUGAGACUGAGGAACGAAACGAGGGAGAGGUAGAGAGAAGGAGAGAGAGAGGGAGAGGGGGAGAAGAGGGGCCCCGAGCAGGAGAAAGGGCUGCAGGGUGAAGAAGGAGUGAGAGAAAAGUAGGAAAAGUAAGAGAGGGGUCAGGGGAAAGAAAGGAAAGAGAAAAACAAGUCGAGGAGAGAAACAACAGGAAGAAUAAAGGGGGAGGGACGUCUUAGUAAAAGAAAAUAAGGCAAGGGGGGGUGGAGUCAGUUGUAGCUAGAUGAGGAAAACAGUUAGAGUGAAUGACUAGGUCAGAGUUGGAGAGCAGCAGGGAGGAGAAGGAAACCAGUUGGGUUUUUUAAAGGCAUUUUCCACAGCAGCCAGCCUCUACUCCGGACGGACUGUUUUCAUUCUGAAAUGUACUCAGACAGCACACGGACGGGACACUACGGACUCAUUCAUCAAAACAACAACGACUACUGCUACUGCCGCCACAGUGUCCAUUACACACCCACGUUGUUCCAGGGAGGACCAGGGGGGUACAGAUCACCAGCCAUAAGCCCAGACCAUCCAGACCACCCACCAUCACUGGACCUCAGGGAAGACUUCCAGCUUCCUCCUUUCCCUGUGGAGCCCCAGGACAUAGAGCCUGGACUAGAGAAGGGUGAGAGAAGUGGAGGAGGAAGAGGUGGUGGAAGAGGAGAUGGAGGAAGAGGUGGAGGAGGCAGAAGAAAAGGUGAAGGCAGAGGAGGAGGAGGCAGACGAGAAGGUGAAGGCAGAGGAGGAGGAGGAGGAGGAGGAGGAGGAGGAGGCAGAAGAGAAGGUGAAGGCAGAGGAGGAGGAGGAGGAGGAGGCACUGAAGCUGAAACUGGAAGUGGUCACACUCACAUGGCCCCACAGAGGAGGCCAGUGUUCACAGGGCAGGGUGAGCAUGUCCAACCUCAGCCAGACCAAUUUAGCCCUUGCCAAACCUGGGACUACAACCCUGCCCAGUGGAGCUGGCCAGUGGAGCCCUCAGGCCCUGGUCUGAGACACUAUUCCCCUGUGAGAGAACAAUGUGGCUGUGUGGGACGGGGUGGAGGUGACGCUGUUGGGACGGCGACCGGGACACACCCCUUCAACAGCAGCAGACACGCGUCAGCCUUGUCACUCCCCCCGGACCCAGACCCGGCACACAUACAGACAGACAGGCAGACUAGCUAUAACUACAAUCCAGAGGGGCACAGACAGGCUAGUUAUGGUUCGGAAGAGCAGAUCUGGGGUCAGCCGAAACACAGACAGGCCAGCUGCAGUUACAGUUUGAAAGAUCAGCCAAAACACAGGCCAGAAAGACAGGCUAGCUACGGUCCACAGGAACUACUCAGACAGGCUAGCUACGGCUACAGUCCAGAAGAACAGAUCUGGGAUCAGUCGAAACACAGACAGGCUAACUACAGCUACAGUCCAGAAGACAAGCCGAUACACGGACAGACUAGCUACGGUCCAGAAGAACAGAUCUGGGAUCAGUCGAAACACAGACAGGCUAGCUACAGCUACAGCCCAGAAGAGCAGGUCUGGAGAUGUACUGCUGGUGGCGAACACGAUCAUUUGGACAGGUGUGUACCACUGGAACAAGGAGAUUUACACUCCUACAUGCCAAAUGGAUGCUGUGGCGGUGGUGGUCCCAGCCCCAGGCCUGUGUCCUCUCGGGGCAGGGGAGAUAGAGCUAACCUCCAGGAGAGGUCUACUAGAUUAAAGGCUGGAGGAGUUGGUGGUGGGGCAGAAGAGGACGGCUGUAAUGGACAACAUGUCCCUGCUGGCUCUAGCUCUGAGGGUUCGGUCCGGGAGAAGCAGGGUUCGGUCCGGGAGAAGCAGGGUUCGGUCCGGGAGAACCAGAGUUUGGUCUGGGAAAACCAGGGUUCGCUUCGGGAGAAGGAGGGUUCAGUCAGGGAGAAGGAGGGUUCGGUCCGGGAGAACCAGAAUUCGAUCCGGGAGAAGGAGGCUUCGGUCCGGGAGAAGGAGCGUGCGGUCCGGGAGAACCAGGGUUCGACCCAGGAGAAGAAGGGUUCGCUCCGGGAAAAGCAGGGUUCGCUCUGGGAGAACCAGGGUUCGAUCCGGGAGAAGGAGGGUUCAGUCUGGGCGAAGAAGGGUUCGGUCCGGGAGAACCAGGGUUCGAUCCGGGAGAAGGAGGGUUUGGUUCGGACGAAGGAGGGUUCUGUCUGUGAGCAGAUCAGACAGGUGGUGUCAGACCUGGAGGGGGUCCUGGGUGGUCUCAAACAGGUCCACGUGGAGAUGAAGGAGGUAAGAAGUCUCUGCUGUAUGUUAACCUGCAGUUAGCCUGGUCCCAGAUCUGUUUGUGUUUUAGCCAACUCUGACUAUAGUUGUCACGCCAUCAUACCUAGCCUCGCGAGCCACGCUACAUAGCGUAUAUUUAUAUAAGCUCGGGAGUUCAGUGUGGCUUGCGAGGCUAACUAUAGUUGUCAUGCUGUUCAUGUAGUCUGAGAAGUCGGCUAAAGCAAGAAGCUCUGUUUAACCUGAUGAAUCCAUAGAAAAUGAAAUGAAAUGGACAGUACUCCAUUAAGCUUUUGAUAAUUUGUUUAUUUACCCUGCAUAAACGCAAUGAAUGAUCGAGGCAUAUUUCGUUCUGAGUCCUGUCCAUCUGCUUUUCUAUGGAGUGUACUUACGGGAUCAUGCAACCACAUUUUUAAGGACCAUUUUUCCGAAUGAGUGCCUACUAUGAAUGCUAAUGAAUGAACGAUAUGGCAAAAAUAGUAAUGACAACAACAGGAGUUGUCUGAAACCUACACAGUGAUCUGAGGACGAGGCUGUUUGCCUUGAAUCCACAUAUACGUUUCAGUACGGUUGUUUCAGUACGGUUGUUUCAGUAGGGUUGUUUCAGUAGGGUUGUUUCAGUACGGUUGUUUCAGUAGGGUUGUUUCAGUACGGUUGUUUCAGUAUGCUUACAUUGACAUCUGAGGUAAAGCAGACACUGAUGGACCUAUGAAUGUCCUCUUUCUGUUUAUGGGCAAUUACACAGUAACAGAAUGAUGCUCAGACUCGGAUGAUUAUUCACUUUAAAAUGUGUGCCAAACAAAAAACAAAUGAAAACCCAUUUACUUGAAGAACUGUGAAGAGGCAAAGUUUGGUAACAGAAUGACAGUUUGUGCUGUUGGUGCCGUCAUCCUGUUACCAAACUUUGCAUCUGCACAGUUCUUCAAGUAAAUGGGUUUUCAUUGGUUUUUGUUUGGCACACUGUACAUUAUAAAGGGAGAAAUCUGAGUCACAGCAUCCUUCUGUUAUCGUGGAAUUGCCCUCAUGCAUUCCGCUCUGUAGAAAAAAAAAUUACAUUGCAGGCUGAUAUGGAAGGAGAUAGCAUUGUUCAUCAUUUGAGUCAUUUCUUGCAGUUGCAUUGAUUGAUUGAAAGCGAUUCACAUUGACCGUGUAGUGUCGAGUCAAAGUUGCUAGUCAUUGCUGAUAAACAAAGGAGUCCGCUCAUACUGAACCUUUGAUCAUAAGUUUUAUUCAUAUCACAAGAUUCCAGCAUAAGUUUUACAGAUGUCAUGACCACCCGGAGAGCGGCGUCCCAGAUUGCAAUGGCCGCUCUAACCUCUUCUUCGUUUUUACCCAGUAUAUAUAAUCUUCCCAAGAUAUGGGUGGCUCCCUCUACUGUCCAAUCCCCUGUCUACAACACACACUUCCUGUCUGUUGUAUGUGGCGUCACACUAAAACAUUCCCUCUUGACACUAAAAUAAACAUCCUAUCAGGUUCCACUUAAAACCAUUAACAAAGUCAUAAUCUUAAUACACUACAACCGUUUGGCUAAAACCUGCUGCUAGAAUUGAUGGAGACACAAGAAGCACAUUAAAGAGCAUGUCUUGAGACCGGUUCCUGAACUAUGCUUAGCUUUUAUGGUGUCAAUAUGUAAUAGGGACGUAGUAUACUGUACCUUGUUGAAAAGAUAUCUCAUGACUAUCGAGAGACAUGGUCCAGUAUAACAUAAUGUAUGAAUAUAUUGUAGUUAUGUAGUAUAAUGUACUGGUAACUAAUGUAGUAAUGUAGUAUAAUGUAUUAAUAUACCGUAGUAAUGUAGUAUAAUGUAGUGGUAACUAAUGUAGUAAUGUAGUAUAAUGUAUUAAUAUACUGUAGUAAUGUAGUACAAUGUUUGAAUAUACUGUAGUAAUGUAUGAAUAUACUUUAGUAAUGUAGUAUAAUGUAGUGGUAACUAAUGUAGUAAUGUAGUAUAAUGUAUUACUAUACUGUAGUAAUGUAGUAUAAUGCAGUGGUAACUAAUGUAGUAUAAUGUAUUAAUAUACUGUAGUAAUGUAGUAUAAUGUACUGGUAACUAAUGUAGUAAUGUAGUAUAAUGUAUUAAUAUACUGUAGUAAUGUAGUAUAAUGUAUUAAUAUACUUCAGUAAUGUAGUAAUAUACUGUUGUAAUGCAGUAUAUUGACUCUCUGUAUUGUCCAGUAGGUGGUCCAACAGAUGUAUUGUCUGACAGCUACCAAACACAUUUCGUUGUAAAAUAUAUAUAUAUUUGAAAUAUAUUGUCAAACAAUAUGACUCUUUAAAAACGUAUAGUAUAACAGACAUGUUAUAUAAUUGUUGGUAACUAUGUUUAUUGACUCUGUGUUGUCCUGUAGGUGGUCCAACAGAUAGAUUGUCUGACAGCUAACAUUGACCUGGGAGAGGAAGAGGGAUCAUGUAACAAGUCCCCUAGUAGUGGUGACGGUCUCCCCAAACCCAGAGACUGUAGAGGUGGUGACGGUCUCCCCAAACCCAGAGACUGUAGAGGUGAUGACGGUCUCCCCAACCCCAGAGACUGUAGAGGUGAUGACGGUCUCCCCAAACCCAGAGACUGUAGAAGUGGUGACACCCUCCCCAACACCAGAGACUGUAGAGGUGGUGACGGUCUCCCCAACCCCAGAGACUGUAGAGGUGAUGACGGUCUCCCCAACCACAGAGACUGUAGAAGUGAUGACGGUCUCCCCAACCCCAGAGACUGUAGAAGUGAUGACGGUCUCCCCAACCCCAGAGACUGUAGAGGUGGUGACGCCCUCAACCCCAGAGACUGUAGAGGUGGUGACACCCUCAACCCCAGAGACUGUAGAAGUGGUGACACCCUCCCCAACCCCAGAGACUGUAAAGGAGCCCUGAUGUUCAACCAGGGAUACCAGAGACCACAGUACAGAGACAUGGAACGUACCGUCAACAACAAGACUACUAGGGUCCAGGUGCACAACCACUGGACUAAUACAGGGGGCCUGGUCCACAACCAUAAGACUCCUGGGGAUCAUGGACCACAGCGCAGAGACAUGGAUCAUACUGUCAUCAUACAUGACCCUCCUUCCGACCCCAGAGGUGUCCCUGGGGUCCUUGUGUACAACCAGAAGACUAAUGGAGACCAGGGAGUCCCCCUACUGUACAGACGCCCUGACCAUACUGUCACCAUACGAACUACCUCCCCGUCCCCUGUCCUCACUGCAUCUGUCAUCCAGACCAACCGGGUUUGGGUCACAGCCCUGAGCCCCAUGGGCUCCAAAGACCCCAAACAGGACAGACGGGGGUUCAACGGACACCUUCCUCUACCCGGUCCAGGUAGAGGACUGAACCCCCCAAACCCCACCAGAGCUAGAAAUUACCCCCUCCCUACCCAUACCCUUAUGGACUCACCUGUCUGACCCCACAGCCAUGGCUGAUUACAGUGUCCCCUCUCCCAUGGUCGGAUACAGUGUCCCCACUCCUAGGAGCCAGAAACCUCCACUGUACCCCCACCACAACGGACGGGUGGAGAGGCUCAGUAAGGGUCUGGCCCAGAGCCACCCUACCCUACCCGCCCAGCCCACCUAG